GUGGUUAUUCGAUUUCGAACUUCAGUGUUGUUAGUAGUGUCUUUUGAAAAUUACCUCAUUUAAAUUUGCAAUCUGGCUUACGUAAAUUUGAACGCGAGACACCAUAGGCCCAAUUGCUUCGUGUCCAAAUCAGAUAAAAUUUAUUUGAAAUAUAUUUUCGGCUUUUUUUCUAUGUACCAUAAGAGUUAUACUUAGAGAGGGUACUAGAAUUUAAAUUGUGAGUGAAUUAUUUGGCGAAAUUUCGAUUUUUCGAUUCGAUAGAAAACGAGAUUAGAUUUCAGAAUGCCUGAAUUUGGAGAAGGAUACGAAGAGUCUGCAUCAUGCGGAUCAGAGAUUGGCAGGUUCAAUAAACAGUUGAAACAGUCAAGUCACGGAUUUUUCCACCAUCUUCGUGGAGUUUCUGUUAUUUACGGAGAUAUCAAUGUUCUCACUGAGAAGGCAAGAUCAUAUGUCGAGGACAAAGUCGACCUUUGCAGACCGAAAAAUAUCCAUAUCUGCGAUGGCUCAGAUGCUGAGAACACAAACUUGCUCUCUCUCCUUCAGAAGCAAGGUACCAUUGAACCUCUACCCAAAUACAAGAACUGCUGGCUGGCAAGAACAAACCCAGCCGACACAGCAAGAGUGGAGUCCAAGACGUUCAUAUGCACCGAAAAAAAAACCGACACAAUUCCCACACCCACAGAAGGUGUAAAGGGCACCCUUGGAAACUGGAUGGCCCCCCAACAAAUGGAUCAAGCCGUCGUUGAACGCUUCAACAACUGCAUGAAGAACAGGACUAUGUACGUGAUUCCGUUUUCCAUGGGCCCAGUUGGAUCGUCCCUGUCCAAGAUAGGUAUCCAAAUCACGGAUUCACCCUACGUUGUAGCAUCCAUGAGAAUUAUGACUAGAAUUGGAGAGAAUGUGGCGAAGGUUAUGACAGAAGAUACCGAGUUUGUCAAGUGUCUUCAUUCGGUUGGCACUCCUGCUAAUGGAGUCGUGGAGAUGCCGAGUUGGCCGUGUGAUCCUGAAAGGACCCUCAUUAUGCACAAACCGCAGAACAUGGAAAUUGUCUCCUACGGUAGUGGGUAUGGAGGUAAUUCUUUAUUGGGAAAGAAAUGUUUCGCUCUAAGAAUAGGAUCCACCAUUGCCAAAAAAGAAGGAUGGUUAGCAGAACACAUGCUGAUCCUUGGCAUCACCAAAAAUGGCGUCAAACGCUACAUAGCUGCAGCUUUCCCAUCUGCUUGCGGCAAGACAAACUUGGCCAUGAUGACCCCAACUUUGCCAGGUUACCAAGUGGAAUGCGUAGGUGAUGAUAUUGCUUGGAUGCGUUUCGAUGAAAACAACCAACUUAGGGCUAUCAAUCCCGAAAACGGGUUCUUUGGAGUAGCUCCUGGUACUUCCAACUCCAGCAAUCCUAUUGCUAUGAAGACCAUCUUCAAGAAUACCAUUUUCACCAACGUGGCUAAGACCAGUGAUGGAGGUGUAUAUUGGGAAGGUAUGGAGAAUGAUAUUGAUGAGAAUGUGGAAAUAACAGAUUGGAGGGGAAAACCCUGGAACAGGAAGACAAGCAAGACUCCAGCUGCUCACCCUAACUCAAGAUUUUGCACACCUGCAAGCCAAUGCCCAAUAAUUGAUCCCUUGUGGGAAUCCCCAGAAGGCGUACCAAUUUCUGCUAUUCUUUUUGGUGGCAGAAGACCCGCAGGAGUUCCUCUCAUAACAGAAGCCAAGAACUGGAAACAUGCAGUCUUCAUGGGAGCUUCACUGAGGAGUGAAGCUACAGCUGCAGCAGAACACAAGGGUAAAGUUAUAAUGCAUGACCCGUUUGCAAUGAGGCCAUUCUUUGGUUACAACUUCGGCCACUAUUUGGACCACUGGCUGAGUAUGGAGAAACGCACUAACCAACUCCCAAAAGUAUUCCUUGUGAAUUGGUUCAGGAAGAGUAACGAAGGCCAAUUUUUAUGGCCUGGUUUUGGAGAGAACUGUAGAGUUUUAGACUGGAUUUUAAGAAGACUGGAUAACGAAGACUGUGCCUCAAAAACACCUAUUGGUUUUAUCCCCAAGAAAAACUCCAUGAACUUUGAGGGAUUAUCUGAUAUAGACUUUGAUGAGUUGUUCAGAAUUGAUCCUGAGUUUUGGAAACAAGAGAUAAGUUCUAUCGAGAAAUAUUUCCACGAUCAAGUUGGACAAGAUUUACCUCAAGCAAUUGAAGAAGAAUGUAAAUCUUUGAAGAAACAUUUUGUUAACUGCUGAACGACCUAUUAAAGUAUUCGAAUUUUUAUUCGAUUUUAAGUAUUUUUAUAUGAAUCUUAGCUUUUGUAUAUAUGUAGAGAUAUAAGUGUUUUUUUGAUAUUUUUAGAUAUUCAGUGCACUAGUAUAUCAAUUUCUGUAUAAUUAAAUAAAUUUUACAAAUCAAA